GUAUACCGUUGCAAGUUGGUGGUGGUGGCACUUAAAACGUCAAAAAUUGGGCGUGUUCAUUCUGUAAGACUAAAAGAUACGAGUAUCUCACUCUUGAGCAAAUAUUCGAACCAAUAGCAGCUGGCUUGUGAUUGUGUGCGAGGCCACAUCCCCGGUAAAACCUGCUCUCGAGUGUAACACUUUUAGGGCUGCAUCUACUGACAACGUCUGACGAACCAGUUAGUGCUUGAACGCGACUACGUGCGCAUCGUUUGACACGCAGAAUCUUAGCCCGUUGGAUUUUCGUAUCUCCGUAUCUUGUUGUGUUUUUGUGCCUCCUCAUAAUAAUAUCUACUAUACCUACUUGCAUAUCCCCCCAUCAAGGAUAUACUCGCUCUCUCAUAUUGCCUAUAGACGGGACGGAUUUUGUUUUUGUUUUGAGUGUGGGUUGUUGAAUUGACCUCAUCGUCAUCAUCAUCUUCAUCAACAUCGCCAGCAACCAUCGGUGGCGCAACGAUACGAGCAACUGCAAGGACUUUAUACAAAAAAUAGACCCACGGAUUUGAUACAGCUUUCGGGAAUAAGAAAAGAUACAUUUUCGAGUUGAGUAUCUUUUUUGUGAUUUUUUCUUCCCGAAUUUUUUGUUGUUUGUUUGGGAAAUAUUCUCUUCCUUGUUUGUGUUCUUUGCUCUUUUACUCUUUGAAAAACCCUCAUAGCAGAAACUUGUAAGAAGAAAAGUAUCCUUUAGUGCGUUCAUUGGAAAUAAAAAGAAGAUUUAUAAAUAUCUAUGCCCACCGGGUGACGCAAAAUCCCGGAACAACGAUUCAAAAUAAACAAAACCUUCGCAGUGAUUCGUGCGAAUGGAGUUCCAUAAAAAAAGUGUCCUUUUUUGAUAAAAAUUGAAUAAAAAUUAAAACAAAAUAAAUAUUUUCUGACAUUGACAAGGAUAUUAACAAAAAAAAAAGUGGAAAUGGUGUACUUUUAAAACAAAAGAAAAAAAAAAAACAAGACGGAGACGCGAAUGCAACACCUUUAUAAUUCAAGUGUUGCCCCAGUGUGUUCGAGGAGCAGUGCUGUGUGUGUUUGUGUGCAAAUAGAACUGACUCCGUGAUAAAUUUAAAUGCAUUACAAGCAUUAAACAAAUUUUAAAUGAAACACAAAGUGUUGUGAUGAUGAAUCCUUUGUCAAUCAUUGUGAUCCAGUUGAAGUGAGACCCUAUAAUAGCAAACCUGAUGACAAAAAUAACAUCACAUUUUGUUUGUUUAUAACACACAAGGAUAUAAACAAAAAAGGAGAUUUUUUUUGUAUAUCUGGCGGAAGGAGCUUAUAGUUUAGUGUAGAUUUAUUAUUAUCUAUAACCCCCCAAGCUAGUGUAAAUAGCAUUAUUAUUUUUUAUACACACUUAUACAUAGAGAAAUAUGGCGGCAUAUGCGCAGUUCGGAUAUGGAUAUCCGUCGGCAAGUCAGCUUCUGGUAGGCAGUGGUGGUGGAGGUGGCGGUGUUGGUAGCGGUGGUGGCGGUGGCGGACAAUCAACAACUGCAGCCUCGAGUGCCCAAUCACCGAUAUCAGGUGCAAAUGCACCAUCACUAAGUCCAUCUGGCGGUUCGGGGACUGGUGUGCCGACUGGUGCUUUAAGUCCUGGCGGAAUUUCGCAAACAUCAAACGCAGCACCCGGCACCGGUUCCUGCUGUGAGAAUGGCCGACCAAUUAUGACAGAUCCUGUAUCAGGACAAACGGUGUGUUCGUGCCAAUACGAUUCUGCGCGUCUGGCGUUAUCUAGCUAUUCGAGAAUACAAACAGCGGGUGUUGGCGUCUAUGGGACACCGUAUCCGUCAACCGAUCAGAAUCCUUAUCCAAGUAUUGGUGUAGACAGUUCAGCAUUCUAUUCACCUCUUAGUAACCCUUAUGCCUUGAAAGAGAGUGGUCCUGGGUCUGAUAUGAGUGCGUGGACAUCGGCUGGACUACAACCAACAACCGGAUACUAUCCUUAUGACCACACAACACUAGCUGCGUACGGAUAUGGCGCCGGUUAUGAUUUAGCUGCGCGACGGAAGAAUGCAACCCGCGAAUCGACGGCUACCCUCAAGGCCUGGCUGAACGAGCACAAAAAGAAUCCAUACCCGACUAAGGGUGAAAAGAUCAUGUUGGCGAUAAUUACAAAAAUGACCUUAACGCAAGUAUCGACGUGGUUCGCAAAUGCCCGCCGGCGACUGAAAAAAGAGAACAAAAUGACUUGGGAGCCAAAAAAUAAAACCGACGACGAUGAUGACGCUAUGGUGUCUGAUGAUGAAAAGGACAAGGACGACAUUGAUGCUGAUAAAAAUCGCGACCACAAAGAUUCAAUGCACCAUGUGAAGUCUGAGCAUGAAAAGGACGACGAUGAUGACGACCUAACCGAUGAUGAUAGAAAGCCCGAGAAUCUUGGAAUAGUCGGAGGACAUGUUGGUCAUCAUAUGAAUGCCCAUCAUCACCACCAUCCGGCGUAUCAGCACCAUCAUGCCAUGUUAGGUGGUUACCCUGGCAUCAAAGACGAAAUGAGUGGGCCAAAAAACCAGAUAAGCAGCGACUGUGGGGUCCCGAUUCCAGCAACCAAGCCCAAAAUUUGGAGUCUGGCAGACACAGCCGCUUGCAAAACACCACCACCUUCGGCGUUUCUGGGACACCAACUGCACCAUCACCAGCAGCUGCAACAGCAACAGCAGCAGCAGCAGCAACAACAUCAGCAGCAUCACCAGCAGCAGCAGCAACACCUUCAGCAGCAGCAGCAGCAUCAAAUGCAACAGGCUUGGAUGGAAAACUAUCAGCAGCAGCAACAGCAGCAUCAAUCUCAACAUCACCAUUUGCACAACACCACCGCCCAGCAACAGGCGGAGCAUGCUCAGCAGCUCAAUACCAAUCCGAGUGGUGGAAACGGUACGCGAAUGAUAAAUAUGCAAGCUCCUAUGAACAAUAUGGCAGCUGGUAUGACCCAGCAGCAGCAACAACAACAGAUGCAACAUCAGCAGCAGGGCACACAGUUGCAGCAACAGCAGCAGCAACAACAACAGCAACACCAUCAAAUGAAUCCGAUGAACAAUUUCGGAAGUUCGCCUUAUACUCGGGGGUACGGGGGGUUUCUAGGGGCUACGGCGGGUGUCCACCAGGGGGCCUACCCUACGAACAAUAUGACAAAUACGCAUCUUCAAAGUACGCCUACCACCCCUACUACAGCGGCUAUACCGGGGAAUACGAGCGCAAAUCCUACGCAGCUCCAACAGCAGCAGCACCAGCAAUUAUCCCCACAGCAACACCACCAACAGCAGCAGCAAUCGAACCAGAUGGGGUUUCCCGAUGUCCAAACCGAUACACCGCCCCAAACUCCACCGAAUAUGAAACUGCCGAGCGUGGCGGGGAGCCUUCUUACCGGUUCAACAACCCCUAUGACAGGUACCUGCUACAAUAAUUCAGCAGUAAACGGCCUUGGUGCCACAAACAAUUCUUCAAACAGCAACAACAGCUACAUCGGUGAUUCCUCACCGAGCAGCAACAGUAGCAGUAGCAAUAGCAGCUACGUUGGUAGCUUUACCCGCCUGCAGGACCAUUCACCUGGCAAGGACUAUACCCAACAAAUGAUGGACAGUCCCCAUAACCAUCAUCAUAGUCAUCAGGACAGUGUAGCGGCAGCUUUUAAGCCGUUUUUCAAGAGUCAACAAAUCUCGACAGGAUUUGUGUCACCGGUUUAGGCAGCGUCAUCGUCAUCGUUUUCAUCGCCCAGCAAUCAGCAACAGUCGGGGCUCCUCCAUCUUCUAGAACUUUUUUAAGCGCGCAGCAAUAUCAAAUGAAAUGAACUCCUCUCGACGCGCUUCAAGAUUACAAUUAUCAUCAGCAACAAAGCUACUACCGCUACAACUAGCCACCAUCCAGAUAUGUUAGCUAAAUCAAUUCCAGUGACAUUAGUAUACGAUAGAAAAAAAAAUAUCCUGUCAGAUGAAAAUAAAAAUAUAUUAAAAUUUUCUUUUAUCAAAGAGCUUUAUACAACCGCAAAAAAAAAAAAAAACAA